CUCAUAUUCAAUAUGCAGUUCAGCCUCCGUCUUUUUCUUAUAUUUUCUGCCGCCGGACUCGCAGUGGCUAACCUGUGGACAAAUGAAUAUGCAUCUGAUUCAAAGUGCAUAGUGGAUGGAGUAAAAGAUGGAGAGUGUGGCCCAAGUUCCUCUACGACUGAACUUCAACCGGCAGUGUCAAGGGUUGCUGAGGUCGGUGGAAAUGACUACGACAUUAUCGGGCCAGAGAUGGAGGCGAUAGUUGCCGACGUGCUGGGGUUGAAUGAUGAGGAGUUUGCCACCAAGUGGGCCCACCGGCGUCGUGGGCCCACCCCGCCUCAAUUUCCCUAAAGCAACCUGGAGUCGUAUAGUCAAUGUAAGGCACCAGGGUAUCACCCUUCAAAUAAACACUAUACGUUGAUGGAAUUCAGAGCAGCAAGUGCUGUUAUCAACCUUAUCACUGCGCCAAGGAUAUUGCAAGCUCCGUAAAGCAGAACGGAAUUGGCUAUCACUCUCAUUUUGACUCAAUGUGUGCGGUCUGCUAAAUCAUAGCUUCGUGAUUGUCUUUCCACUGCAUUUCUCCGCCUCCUCUUUUAGAUAGCUGCCAGCUAAUACAUCCAUCAUCUUAUUUUUUUUUUUUUUU